GUCACUUUUGAAUCAAUCGGAAUAGUAGUGGUAGAACAUUUUAAAGCUCAAUUUAAAGUUUAUGUACAAACAUACUUGUGAUUGCCGGUUUUCAUACUUAUAAACUAUAUUAAGAAAAUCAUUAUCAAUGUGAAUACUGAACAAGUGUUUUAAUAUACGACACAAUAUAGUUUUUGACCUCUUCGCUACACGGGCACGCUUUUCGUAAGCGAAUCGACGAGGAAGAAGUGUGUGUUCCCACGUGAUCUUUCAUACGCGCACAGUAACCAUGCAUUUCUGCCACACGCUCCCACUAGCGACCGUGUGCGUUUGGCUGGCGUUGUUAGGCGACGCUGGGUGUUUUCCAACUCACACCAAUACGGCAAAAAGGCAUAAUCCGCUUAUAACGAGACUGGCGAAGCUUCAGGCACAAAUACACCAUCUUCAGGAGAAAAUCGGGGACACUACCGAAUAUUCAGACGACCCAGUCCAGGUCGCCUUCAGUGUUUCCAUGGAGAAGAGCCACAUCGUGUCGACAGGUUCGCAUCUUCCGUUCGACCGCGUUCUCACCAAUAUAGGUGGACAUUAUAACGCCAACAAUAACGAGUUCGUGGCUCCUGUGACGGGGACAUAUGUAUUCACUGUAAACGCGGUCUGUGGGACGUACAGUUACAUGCAUAUAGCUUUGUACCAGAACGAGACCCCAGCGUUCAGGACGCUAUGCGACAACAGGACCGGGUCGUCCCAGCAACAGAGCGGGGGGAUCACUCCACUGCGUCUGACCAAGGGGGACAAGAUCAGUGUGAGGAUGGUGUAUCCCUUAGCAACGAGCAGCGAGGCUUAUGGGAGCGGUAUGACGUCAUUCUCUGGAUUUCUUCUGUAAUCACAUGAACAAAAUAACGCUUUGUGGUGAUAGCAUGAUACUCAUCAUAUUACAAAAAGUAGAUAUAUGACCCAUUAUUCAUUUAUUCUUACGCACAUUUACAAUUCAAUCCAGUACAUACAUUCCAUCUGAGUUAUAUAGGAUCUGGCACGAGUUGUCAUAGCAUACCAUAUUUUAUUAAACGAGUUCAGGAAUUUUGUUAGAAAGCGAGCCUUUUUGAUCACAUGCUUUUAAAUGAGCAAAUGAAAUAAAUAUUUACGCAAACAUAAUGAUAAAUCCCGAAUGUUGUUUACAUUUCGUGACGUCAUUUGACGUUGCAACGUCAAUUCAGCAAAAUUACAAAAUGCGAUUGGUCAAUAAACUAAAACAACGCCAAUUAAAACGCUUAAAAAGAAUAUUACAUAUGCGUAAGAUAAAAAUAUAUGCAAAGGUUAUAUUACACGGGAAACAGGGUAUGGCAUGUGAGUUAUUGAAUUAUUCGUAUUCCUCGUUUG